GGUGAAAUAUCGCGAAAAUGUGAUUCCGCAAGGUUUAAUCUCUGUGUUGUGAUUUUCCCGGGCGAUGAUGGUGCGCGAAACCGGUGAUAUUUUGUGAUUAUUUUGCCACUACUUGUUUACUUAAAAUCGAGAAAUUUUCACAAAAUCGUCGCAUUGAUAUGUCGUCGAAAAUCAUCAAAUCGGGGGGCGGCGACCCCGACCAGUUCGAGACUCAGGUGGCUCAAGCCUUGCUCGAACUCGAGAUGAACUCUGAUUUGAAGGCCCAACUCCGCGAGUUGCACAUAACUAAAGCGAAGGAAAUUGAACUAAACAACAAAAAGUCGGUGAUAAUCUACGUCCCCAUGCCCAAGCUGAAGCAGUUCCAGAAGAUCCAAACGCGGCUGGUGCGCGAAUUGGAGAAGAAAUUCAGCGGCAAACACGUCGUUUUCGUGGGGGAACGCAAGAUUUUGCCCAAACCGACGCGCAAAACGCGCACUAAGAACAAGCAAAAGCGCCCCAGGUCGCGCACCCUCACCGCCGUCUACGACGCCAUCCUCGAGGAUCUGGUGUAUCCGGCGGAAAUCGUAGGUAAACGAAUUCGAGUCAGACUCGACGGGUCGCAACUCAUCAAAGUCCAUCUCGACAAAAACCAACAAACCACGAUUGAACACAAAGUGGACACAUUCGCGUCCGUUUACAAAAAGUUGACAGGGAGGGAGGUCACUUUUGAGUUUCCAGAACCUUAUUUGUAAUAUGUGGACAGUUAUUUAAUAAAUAAUUGAGUGAUUCUUAUUAAA